AACCGGGUGUAUGAUAUCACCGAAGGAGAGAGGACAAGUUUUCAGUGACUUUGACUGGUGACCCACAUAUUUUGGAUAAGCGGAUUAAUUCUGCUCUGAGAGCUGGUGGAUUCUGAUUUGGGUGUGGAUCCAGUUUGAACAUCAAUCUCAGUUGUAGAAGUAAUGCAAGCUCACUGGCGUGAACUUGGGGCAUACAGGAAGAUACAAAGGAAAAAGCAAAAAUAACUUGAAGUCAUCCGGAGUCCCACAGCUUUGUCAGUCUUACUUCUGCACGGCUCUCUGAUCUAUGGCACAUGUUGCUCACAGCUUUUUGCCUGAAUUCAUCAGUGGUGACUUUGAUUCUAUUAGACCUGAAGUUAGAGAAUACUAUGCUGAUAAGGGAUGUGAGCUGAUCGCAACCCCUGACCAGGACCAUACUGACUUCACCAAGUGCCUUCAGGUGCUCCAACAUAAGGUGGAGGAGAAAGGCCUACAGGUGGACGUGAUAGUGACCUUGGGUGGACUGGCUGGGCGUUUUGACCAGAUCAUGGCGUCCGUGAACACCCUGUUCCAAGCAACUCACAUCACUCCUGUGCCAGUCACCAUGAUCCAAGGGGAAUCGCUCACCUGCCUGCUCCAACCAGGCGAGCACACGCUGAACGUGAACACUGGCUUGGAAGGUGACUGGUGCGGCCUUAUUCCUGUUGGACAGCCUUGUCACCAGGUGACCACGACGGGCCUCAAGUGGAACCUCACGAACCACGCCCUUGGCUUCGGGACACUGGUCAGCACGUCCAACACCUACGACGGGUCUGGGGUUGUGACCGUGAAGACGGACCGCCCACUCCUCUGGACCAUGGCCAUCAAGCCCUAGGCAGGCCCGCGCCGGCGCACCUCUGGCCAGCGUCGUUCGCCAACAGCUCCUGCUCAACCAGACGGGGCUCCCUGGGCUGGCAGCGAUCACAGCCCCCGGGGCCUCCCGCUGGUUGUAAAGCUGUUCGUGUCUAGGUACCUGCACUGUCUUGUGAAUGACGGGUCAUAAAGGAGGGGGGAAUCGUUUUUAAGAAAGCAAAUAACCGCUCUUGCAGUCAGGUGAAAAGCGAAUGUGCGUCAUUCCUACACACCCCCUGCAGAGAUGAUCAUUACUCUUAUGUCACUAAUCAUUCCAUUUUCCUAGAAAAUUAUUUUAACUCCAAAGAAAGUUCUGCCAGGCUCGCUGGUGUCCAGCACAUAGACCACCUCUCAUCCGUCCUGAAAUACUACCACCAGGCGCGACUUCCCAGUGUCUGUCAGGGUCUUAAUCUGCUCCCGAGCAUGGGAAACGCAUCCUGCCAGAGGGGUGUGGCCCACUCCAGUCUUAUUCUGAUCCUCGAUAGUGAUUAUCCUUCCUUCAAGAGACACUCAGCUGAUCAUUGCCCUUGAAAGCAGGCAGGUACUGUGAGCUCUAGGUGAGAGGACUCACGAGGUCCUGCUGCACAGCCACCCCAACCCGGCUUCUGGUGAGCACCACGCAUUGGUGGAGCCACACACAGACAUGAUGCCACCAUCGUCACGACCCACACGGAGAUGCUGUGCUGGGGCUCAGGUGAAGCGGUGCUGACAGGCCUCUGGGGGUGACUGGGAGGUGAGCCUGACAGCCCAGGUGAGAGACAAGCUCCUGCCCUAAGGUGCCUGGGCCCUCGCCCAAGAUCAACCGCUUAGUGGCGCCCCCCUGAACCCUCUUCCUCAGUGGGAAGUGGAAGAACUGGACUGGGGGUGCCUGACUCUCCAGCCCACACAGGAGACGGGGCACUGACCCAUGUUUCCACGCCCGUCAUGUAGGAGGGUUUGCUGUCCGCCCUGCUCACGCAGCUGCACGCACACCCUGCACAGACCUGGACGCAGGCCACGCCCUGCCCACGCUCAGGGGAGGGACACUCCCCUUCCUGGUGCUACAACAAGGGGCGUCAGCCCUGGGGAAGGCCAAGGGGGGCUCAGCUGACCAGCAGGAGAUUCUCAACGGUUGGCUGUUGUUUGAUCACUUUUGCAGAUAAAUGAGAUUGAAUCCAAGUGUCAAAUAAAAAUAUGUCAUUAUC